AAAACACACAUUUUCUCUCACACACACAGAGGGAAGAAAGAGGAGAGAGAAAGAGGAGAGAGAGAGAGAGAUGAAGUCGAAGCUCCGGGCACUGUGGGACCACCCGGCGGGGCCGAAGACGAUCCAUUUCUGGGCGCCGACGUUCAAGUGGGGGCUGAGCAUAGCAAACAUCUCCGACUUCUCGAAGCCGCCGGAAAAGCUGUCGUAUCCGCAGCAGGCGGUGAUAGCCACGUCUGGAAUCAUCUGGUCUCGCUACUGCUUCGUCAUCAUCCCGUGGAAUUGGAAUCUCUUCGCCGUCAACUCCGCCAUGGCCUGCACCGGUUUCUACCAGCUCUCCAGAAAACUCCGCCACGACUACUUCGCUCCUCCGCCGCCGACUGCCGCCGCCGUCGAAGCUGACCGGUCGUUGGCUGGUGAUUAAUUGUUUCUAACUCCCCACUGAUCAGUAAGUUGCGAAAGGAAAUUCAAGUGGGAAAAUAAUAAAAUAUAUAUUUUAAUGUGUUGGAUUAAGCUUUAAUUUACUGUAUAAUUUGGGAAUUACUGUAUACUUUGUCCAUGUUUUAUUUUUAGUUGGGUUGAUUGAUUAAUUCA